AUGAGCAUUUCAGCUGACGGCUGGUGUGACAGAAAAUACUUGCCACGAGUGCACAAUGCUCUCGAAGGAGAAAAUAACAUUGCAAAGGGGAGGUAUAGAUUCUUGUCACAGCACAUGAAUGUUAGCAUGUGCCUGGACUACAAACUGCAUACCUAUCAGAGCAGCCGCUCACAUAAGUAUAAUGCCCAUAUUUUGGCCCAUGUGAUUGCCUUGAAGCAACCAGAUCCAAUGAAUUCUCUAGGUACCAAAACGGAAUUCUCCAAUAUGUUUGAAAGACCUAUCCAGAAUGGUCAGUGUGUUGACUCUACACCACGAGAUAUAAAACUGAUGAGAUACCGAUCCCAUGUACUACAUUCCUUGUUAGAAGGUUUUGUACAAAGGCGUGGACAUACUGUCCUUGCAAAUACAUUGCCCAAAAAAGAAGAACAUGUACUUCUGUGUAGAAUGACGGAAAUUCAGCGUAAGCUCUACUCAACAUUCAUGGCAGAGUUAUCUGCAUCAAAAGCGAUGGCCAACCCCCUAAAAGCCUUUGCAAUAUGUUGUAAAAUUUGGAACCAUCCAGAUGUAUUGUACAAUUUUGUUCAGAAGAAGAUUAAUGAAGAUUUUGACCUAGACUUAGAUGAAGUUGAAGGAAAAUCAAAGUCUCGACGCACAUCUUCCAUUAACACACCUAAUACGUCUUUGCUAAACGUACCAUCCCAUCCAGUUCCAAGUUGGGCUGCACAAAGUGGGCAGAUGGGGCGUGGAAAUGUAAUGCCACAGCACCAUCCAGCUUCUGUAUUAGGAAUGGGUCCCCAACCUGGUAUGAAUCAACAACCUGGGAUGGGACCACAGAUGGGAAUGGGUCAGCAUGGGCCAAUGGGUCUGCAACAAGGUGGAAUGGGCUUUCAAGAUCCAAUGGGUCCACCAGGAAUGAUGCACCAUCAGAUGAGUCAGCUCAGAGAUAGCCAAGGUGCACUUGGUAAUUAUGGUAUGGGUAACCACAAUAUACAUCAGGGAUAUGGCAUGCAAAUGCCAUAUCCUUGGUACAACCAGGGCUAUGGUGCUAAUGAUCCAAAUAGAGGGCAUUAUCCUCCUUAUAACAAUCCUUAUGCCCCACAGUAUCCUCAGCACAACACGCCAGUUAGUCAGUCAGUACCUGGAUAUCCUGGUUCUCUCAACAUGCACAAUUCAUCAAUGGGCAUGUCACUUAACAAUACUGGACAACCCAUGGGUCAUCCAAACCCUCCAGGGCAGUCAAUGGGCAUUUCUAAUAAUUCUGGACAGCCAUUAAAUCUUCAGAAUUCAACAGGACAGUCCAUGGGUAUCCCAAACCCUUCUGGACAGUCUAUGGGUUUGCCAAAUCAUUCAGGACAGUCUAUGGGACUCUCAAACCAUUCAGGACAGUCUAUAGGAUCUCAUAAUCCUGCUGAACAGUCAAUGGGAAUGCCAAACUCUUCUGUGCAGUCUUUGGGCCUACCCAAUCAACCAGGACAGUCAAUGGGAACAGAACAGCCUAUGGGACUUAAUGCAACAGGACAAUCAAUGGGAACCUCAAAUCAACCUGGACAGUCCAUGGGAGUUUCCAAUUCCUCAGGCCAAGCUAUGGUAGCUCCAAAUAACUCGGGACAACCAAUGGGGGCUCCAAAUAAUUCUGGACAGUCUAUGGGAGCUCCCAACCCAAACAGACAGUCAUUGGGUGUACCAAAUCCUCCAGUACAGCCUACCAAUCAACCUGGUAAUGGUCAGCUUGGAAGUCAAUCCACUCCUUAUCCCAAUGGACCAAGCAGUCAGUCCUUGGCAAAUGAACCUAGCCCAGCCACUCCUGCCACUCCUGCUACUCCUGCAACUCCAGCAACACCUGCCCCAGCCACUCCAACACCAAGUUCUGAGGAAAAGCCAAAACCUGAAUCUGAAGAAGCUGAUCAGGUGCUUAUCAAAAAAGAGGAAAUCAAAGAAGAAGAAGAGGAAAAUACUGAAGAGAAAAAAGAAGAGAAAAAGGAAGAAACUAAAAAAGAAGAAAUGACUCUUGACUGGGCUGAAGGCCUAUUUAAGGAGUAUAGUCCUGGGUUAUUAACAACAUCUGCUAAAUUCCAAGUAUUCUUCCAGAUCUUGGAAGCAUGUACCAGAAUAGGAGACCGCCUCCUUGUGUUUUCCCAGUCUUUGUUUACACUCUCUCUCCUGGAAGAAUUCCUACAAAGAUCUUAUAUUCCAGGAACUUAUGAGGGAUGGCUCAGAAACAGAUCUUAUUUUAGAUUAGAUGGCAGUACAUCAGCUCAGGAUAGAGAAAAGUUGAUUAAUGAAUUUAACAUGAAUCCUAAUGUUAGGCUGUUUCUUGUGUCAACAAGAGCUGGUAGUUUAGGCAUUAAUUUGGUAGGCGCAAACAGGGUUGUAGUGUUUGAUGCUUCAUUUAACCCUUGUCAUGACACUCAAGCCGUGUGUCGAGUCUACAGAUACGGCCAAAAGAAGGAGUGCCAUAUUUAUCGCCUGGUCACUGAUAACUCACUUGAGAAGCGUAUUUAUGAUAGACAAGUGAAUAAACAAGGCAUAGCUGAUCGUAUUGUAGAUGAAAUGAACCCAGAUGCCCAUUUGUCAUCUAAAGAGAUUAGCAACCUUCUUGUUGAAAAUGAAAGUGACCCAGACCCUGAGGAUUUUAGUGACAAAUCUGAGAAGUACAAAGACAUAAUUUUGCAGGAGAUAAUACUCAAGCAUGGAGAACUGUUGACCAAAUGCCCAUUUAAACAUGAAAGCUUGCUGGUUGAUCGGAAAGAUAAAAAAUUGUCCCGGGCAGAAAAGCGUUUAGCAAAGAGAUCAUAUGAAUUGGAAAAGCAGGCAAAUAUCAGUUACAGUAGACCAUCAUAUGCUGCAUUCUAUCCCAAGAAUCAGCAAGGACAACAAGUAAUCAUGGGAACCAAAAUUGGAGGUGUGGUUUAUGCAAAGCCAGUUGGUACUGUUAGACCAUUGCAAGCUGAAAUGGGUCAGCGUUUAGAAGGUGGAAGCUUAAUUCAUCGCCCAAAUAUUCUGUCUCGUGGAGGACAGCCAAACUUCCCUGUUGAAGCAUUAGCUAAGCAGGGAGUAUCUGUACAGCAGAUUACUGUGCCGAAAGAUGUAAGCAUCCCAACCAACUCUGGUGAUGGGAAGCCAAUUCUUCUCAAGUCUGGCCAGUCAGUGAUGGUCAUCAAAACUCAGAAAGGCAUCUACCUUCGUCUCUCUGAUGGCAAAAUUGUUGCCAUCCGUGUUCCUCCAGGAAAUGGUGAGAGCACAAGAGUUUGUCUGCCUGGACCCUUGACUGGUUUACUAAGCACAGCAUCUACUAAUGGCAAAUAUCAGUCCAGUGCAUGUAAUAGCACAGAAAAAUGACUUGAAGAAGAUGAGUUGGAGCAACAUCUUACAAGCAGGUAUUAAUCAUGUGCCCAUUGUUAUUACAAUGCCAUACUUUUACUGCUCUCAUUUGACUGCAGUUGCAUUAAAGUUGUAAAACAAAAAUAUCCACCUCAGUAACGUCUUUCUUGAUAAUGUGUAAUAUUGAUAAUGAGAGCAGGAUAAGAGUGACAUAUUUCUUAACUUAUUUGGAAAUUGAACAAGGAGAUUUUAUAUCCAUAUGGGUUUAUACCAAGGAAAUAUUAGGAAUAUGUAACAAAUGUAUUGGGUAAAAUUAUGCUUAUAAUAUGGAAACAUUCAAUGAGUUAUGUAAGACUAUAAAGGAAGAAAAGCUAUCCUUCAUCAUUAACUGGUCUACGAAAAAACCAUUUUUGAGUUUGGAUGUACAUAUGAAGCAAAUUCGCCUAUCUUUUGAUUUAAAUAUAUGCUUUUCAUUCUUGUUUCUGUAAUAUACCAUAUUUAUUUGAUGAUCACCAGAAUUUCAAAAUCACUGUAAGGUAAACACAGUUUGUCAAACCAUUUUUACUGUAGACUUUAAGCUCUGGCCAAGCUUAAAGUUAUUUACAAAAUGGUUUGACAUUAUCACUCAUACUAUGAUAGAAAACUUUUUGUGGAAGAAUGUGCUUUCUGGAAAUAUAUUUCCUUGCAUAGUGUCAAAGUGAAAGUAACUCAUCCAAAAAAAUAGCAACUCAAU